AUGGCAACCUUAGGGCUCCCCCCAACUGCUACUCCAGGCCAGCCAUUAGCCCCAUCAAGCCGUUAUAUUCCUGGCACUGGCGUGCACAUCUUUCACUACGAAGUAUGUGCAUCUAUCGUUGGAAUCCCGCAGCUAUCCCCUAGCUCACCUUCAGGACUUGAACAAAUCUUGUCUGUUCUUCCCUGCACCGAUUCCACAAACAAAAACGGGAUUCUUCCACAAGUGGGGGCUAUAGUUUUGGGAAAGGUGACGAGGAUAACCCACAUUGAAGCUACAUUGGCUAUUUUUGUUGUGGGCGAAGUAGUCUGCACUGAUGAGUUUAAAGGUAUUAUCAGAAGGGAAGAUGUACGAGCUUUCUUGAAAGAUAAAGCCAAGAUCCUUUCCAGCUUUAAGCCUGGCGACAUUGUUCGCGCUCGGAUUAUAUCACUUGGUGAUCAGUCAAAAUACUUUCUCUCAACUGCAAGCAAUGAUCUUGGUGUUAUCGUCGCACAUUCGGAAUCUGGCGAUCCACUAAACCCGUUAAGCUGGCAUGAAAUGGUCUCACAAUCGACGGACAUGAUAGAAGAACGAAAAGUUGCAAAACCGAUGUGA